CACUCAUCCGCCGCCUGUGCCGGCACACCUUGGUCCGAGGGUACGAAAGACGUCAGGCUUUGCUAUGGCAGAAGGCCCGAAGAAGCGCAGCGGAACAACACAUAUCUAUCAAGACAUCGUUAGAACACAUCAAGAAUUGGAAGACCUCAUACUGGGUGGGCGCGACGGCGGCGAACACACACUCUGGACUCGGACCACCCGGGCCAGAUAGCUCUCGACUGUCUGGAGAAGGGAUGGCGAGGACUAUAGACAGCAUUCCGAUCGUUUGGCUCCCGUAGCAUACUACGGGACCGCGCCGAGUGGAGCACCCUAGGUCCCCUGAGCACCCUAGGUCCCCUGAGGGGUGUGGGGUUUCCUGUCGCACGUUGCUUCAGAGCAUCUCCUCCGCCGUCAAACUGGGCAAAAGAAGUUCAUGGGCCUCUCACGUUUCAUCGCGCAAUCUGAUUCCUGCUCCCUCGUAUAUAGGCUGCGAGCGGCUUUCGCUCAAAGACAGCCCUCUCAGGCCUCUCGCUCUCACCUCCACCUCCUACUCUCCGCCCCGAGCCUCCAAAGUCGUGCUCGAGGCUGAAAAACACUGUCGCAGUCGGUCUGUAUCUACCACUAUAUCCUUUGCCCACCCGAGGCUAGUCAGUCUAUCACGAUGGCCACAGAAACCGCCCAGUACGCCCGCAUCCAGAACCGCGACUCCGUCGUCUCCGACGCCCCCACGUCCUCCCCCCGCUCGCUCCGCCGCAGAGUGAGCCACGCGCUCAGUAGCUUCACCGGGCGCUCCCCCGAGAACAGCACCGUCGUCCCACCAGUCCCUCCUACCAACGAGCUCGCCCGCCCGGCUACGCGCAUCGAGAAGGCCACAUCGCGUAUGGCAUCGGGCGCGGAUCAGAGGCCGGAGAACGCGCUGAAGCGCACCUGGAGCAGGGGCAUUAACCUCGCGCGCACGCGCUCCGAGCCUGCGCUCCACGCUAAGAGGGUGAAGACGUCCGCGUCUGCUACGGCCCCGGCGGUGCCCGCACUCCCGCGUGCAGCGACGACGACUGUCGCAGGGCACUCGCGCGACGCGGGCGCGUAUGCGAGCACGGAGAGCGCGAUUGUGUCGUACACGUACCCGCUCUGGAGGAUCGACCCGGUGUUGGUCGGCUGUUUCGUGUGUCUGUGAUUUGGUGGAUGCUGGUGCUAUCCGUGUCGCGUUCAAGUGAAGGUCGGACCUGGAUAUUUAUACGCAUGCUUACUCUUUUUACUCUAUCGCACCUGCUGGCUUCGGUCCAGGAAACAUCAUCCAAAGUCAUCCCGUGUCUUGUACCAUGUAUCAUAUCGUCGUGAUUUCUUGCUCACCCAUGUACUAUCAAUACUCAAGGCUUCGUUGACUGGAAAC